CUCUAGUAGAAUAAGCCGCAGUUUGUUUUUGCUGGCCAUCUUCUGUCGGUCGGUUAUUACUACAUCGAGACGCGCGCCGCCAUCCUUGCACGGCACUAUCACAGUGGCUAAACUGAUUCGGAUGCAUAUUUCCCAUUACUUCUAUUACACAAAUUAGUUAUUCCCUUGCGGCAUGGUAAGUUCGUUAAGCGAUUCCAUACCUCAGCUCACCCCACAUACCUUAGGGAUUCUGAACGUCCCUCAAGCAAGUCAGAAUGGCCAGUUCAGCUAGCAUGGACUCCUUCAAAGAUGGAUUCAUCAAAACUAUUUCCAGCGAUGUCUAUGUUGGAAGACUAAGACAGAUGCUGGACACUGAAAGUCUUGGGCACAUCAGUGCUUGGGUGGGUUGGCGGGAGAUCCUCGCCCUCGCCAUCACCGCGGCCGUGCUACAUAUCAUCUAUAAUCUUCACUUCCACCCUUUGGCGAAAUUUCCGGGGCCCUUUUGGGCCAGAGCGUCGCUUCUAUGGCGCUUCUGGCAUACGAUGCGCGGGCGGUCGCAUCGCGUAAUCCAGAACACGCACCAGAAAUACGGCCCCGUCUUCCGAGUCUCACCUAACGAACUCUCCUUCGCCUCGGCAACGUCUUGGAAAGCUAUCUACGGCUACCCGCCUCCCGGCGCUGAGCAGCUCAUCAAGGGCGAGUUCUAUGACGUCUUUGGGGGAGCCUACAAGACGGGCUGUAUCGGCUCCGAGCGCAACCCAGCCGUGCACACGCGCAAGAAGAAGAACCUAACGGCUGCGUUUGCCCCGAAGGCUCUUGCCGCCCAGGAAUCUAUUGUCCAGACCUGCCUCGACCGAUUCGUCGACAAGCUCGGUCCCUUAAGCAAAGAAAGCAACGGAAAAGGACUCGAUGUUGCCGUGUGGUUGGAGAUGAUCUCUUUCGACAUCCUUGGGGAGAUGGCCUUUGGGGAGAGUUUUGGAUGCGUUGAAUCAAACCAUCACCACAGCUGGAUGGACCUCAUCUUGAAGCAUCUCUUCGAAGUGACUCUGGUAGAUAACCUACGGCGCGUACAGGUCCUGGCCACUCUCGGAAAGUGGCUGCUCCCAUCGCUUACUUCGGCUGUGAGGGAAGAACACUCGAUGUAUAGCCGUGCGAAAGUUCAGAAGCGGCUCGACGCCGACACACCACGCCAGGACUUCUUCACACACAUUGUAAGUAAGGUCCGGAGUGGUGAGGUAUCGCAGGAGGAGAUGACCGCACACGCUUCCACGCUCAUUAUUGCUGGUGGCGAGACGUCGGGUACCUGUCUCGCCGCCGCUGUGUAUUACCUACUCAAGACACCUAGAGCACUCGAAAAGUUGAAGAGUGAGAUCCGUGGUCGUUAUGCCUCGUACGAGGACAUCGACGCAACGUCCGCGCUGCAGCUACCAUACCUUCAGGCCGUGAUCAAUGAGUCCCUACGUAUCCACCCACCCGGGUCCCAGGGAUUUCCGCGAGUAUCUCCCGGCUGUGAGAUCGACGGCUUCUGGGUGCCGAAGGGGACAGAAGUGUACACCAGUGCGUGGACUGUCACUCACGAUCCCAAAAACUUCCACGAGCCCAUGGCUUUUAAGCCGGAGCGAUGGCUCGACGGUAAAUGCAACGACAUCAAAGAAGCUAGUCAGCCUUUCUCACUCGGUUAUCGAGCCUGCAUCGGCCGCAACUUUGCAUACCUGGAGAUGUCUUCCUGUUUGGCCAAGGUGUUCUAUAGAUAUGAUAUGAAGUUGGUGGAUCCCAAUCUUGAUUGGGAGGCUGCUUCGCGGUGCUAUGUUAUGUGGUGGAAGGCGCCGGUUCACGUGCUAUUCGAAGAGCGCCAGGAAAAGUGAGCAGACUGCAUGACUUGAUGCUAAUUCGACGAUGGACGUCCAAUAUGACCGCCCUGGUAACUAUAAGGAACCCCAGGUGCAGAAUAGGUGAUGGAGGCCGCCAUACUGAACUAGGCUACUAUAGAUAUAAGUAGUUUAAGACUGCAAUAACAAAUGACGAGAACAGAGUGAUUUCUAUAUAGUAGGAAUAUAGUACUAUGAUAGUAGUGAUUUAAAA